UCCCCCAAAUUAUACGGAACCUUUUUAAAGGGAAAGGAGGCUGCCAAAUUAGGGUUUUCCUGAAGAAGAAGAAGAAGAAAACAGCAAAAGAAUGGAAGGAAUCACAGAGGGAGUGAACAAGAUGAGUGUCUCAGAGACGCAAAAGAAGAACAGAAUCCAAGUUUCUAACACUAAGAAAUCACUCUUCUUUUAUGUUAACCUAUCAAAGAGGUACAUGCAACAGUACAAUGAAGUGGAACUCUCUGCUCUUGGGAUGGCUAUUUCGACAGUGGUUACCAUUGCUGAAAUUCUGAAGAACAAUGGAUUUGCUGUUGAGAAGAAGAUCAAGACACUCACUGUGGACAUGAGGGACGAACCAGGAGCCCGACCAAUACCAAAAGCAAAGAUUGAAAUAGUGUUGGGCAAGACUGAGAAGUUUGAUGAGUUAAUGGCUGCAGAAGCAGAGCAAAACGGGGACAAUGAGGAGCAGCAGAACUGAUUAUUUCCACAUCUGUUCUCUUUCCUGACGAUUUAAGUUAUUCCAGUCUAUACUGCAUUCAGCUGUUGGGGGUUGUCUAUGGCCUUUAAUUAGAUCUGUUGGAAAGUUUUUUUUAAAAAAAGCAGCAUGGUUUACUUUAAAAUUCAUUAUUUGUUUGGAUGUGUUUGCCUUUUGUUUACUUGUUUAUCUAAGGUGUUGUUGGAUGUAAACAUCUUGCUGCUAUCUUCACUGUAAGUGAUGUAGUCUUAAUUUACGCCUGGUAGUUU